ACUUUAUAUACUUCACGCUCAUAAGUGGUUGUUUUAACUACACAAGUUUGAAAAAAAUGUUGUUUUCAUAUAUUAUCUUUAUAUAGCUUUUGUUUCAGUUUUAAAGAGCCUAAAUGAGAUUAUUUUGAAUAAAACGAUGUGGUUUUUUUAAAUAGUUUGAGUGUAAAUAUUGAAAGGAGAAAUAUAUAGUGUUUAUUGUUAAGUUUUAAAUGCGACACAAUAGAAAUGUUCCUGAACAGGAAUUACAUCGGUGUUGCCUUUUGCUUGUCGCUUCAGACGAUGUUCUGCAUUAUACUCACGGAAGCAUUUGUUUAUGACAUGGACGGACAUAUAGAAAUCGCCAAGUAUAAUAAAGUGACUGGCGAGACAUUUGUGACAAAGGGUAAUGUUGUUGUGCGUCUAUCAGUCGACCUGACAGAGACUGGAAGGUAUAAGAUAGGGGAGCAAUUUGUAAAGGAUCCGGAAUGCGCACACAUUGAACUUGAAGAAGAUACUUGCAAAGACAUCACAAAUACGAUCACUGUGAUGGAAAUUAUUGGUGAUGAUUCAAAUACAAUGCUAUUUUUGUGUUUAAAACUUGGCGAAAAUAAGUGUCAUACCUUGGACAUAGGAAAUAAUAUCACUAAACCUCUCGGAAUAAUCAACAGCGAGUCGUUUUUUGAUACAUUUUCAGGUUCAUCGCCAUCGGCAUCGAUUUCCAUUGAAUCUCUAAAUAAUUCAGACAACCAAACAAAAUAUCUUCUGUUUACUCAUGACAUAUAUCUAAAACAAUUGGGCUCUUUGAAUAGGAAACCGAACUACUUUUCUGUAUUCUCUUUAAUUAGAGUCACGGAUAUCUACACUGACUUGCCAAAAGUCACAAUGCUUUCCAACUUAAAGUUACAUAUCAACCAUAACUUUGUAGUCUUAGACGCGUUUCAGGUAAAAAACGCCUAUUACUUUGUCGUACGUUACUGGGAUCAAAAGAACGACGUAAGCGACUCUGUAAUACAAGUUAAAGUAAUUAAUGAAACCAUACAACUCAUAGAAACUAGAAUGAAAUGUAAAGACAGCUACCAUGUCAACCAGACAAGCUUACUUGUUGAUGGAGACACUCAAAUAUUAUAUGCUUUGAAUAGCAAAAUGGAUAACGGCAACAGCAGAACCGUUUGUGAAAUAGAUGCGCCUUCUUUGGAAUCUUAUUUUGAUAAUAUUCAUGUCGAAUGUACCGGUAAAAAUAAAGGAUCAUAUCCAAACUGGCUCAAUUUAAGUAACAGUGACAGGUCUCGGAGUCCAUGUGACCAGGCAACUAUUGUGUUAUCACCUUCAACUCUUUAUCUAAGACAGACGACACGCUCUUUCAGCCUACAUGGACAUUUUGUUGCUAUGGAGUCAUUGACUGAUGAUAACGGGACAGCGUUGUUUUUACUGAGACAUGAUAUGUUCCUGAAAAAGGUAAAACACAGGAAAUGUCCAUCAAGGUUUCGGACUCUUACAGCAGAUAAUAUCUGUAGUAUUAUGCAGGUCAAUUCUAAAUUGUAUGAUUAGCAUAUAAUUCAAAAA